CGCCAAUUCUCAUUCGCCUUUUCUCAAAGAUCUGAGGUGUUUGGGGCUCCCAAGGGCGACCCCUAGUGUCACCACAUCGACACAACAUCGAGUGAGUGACAGAAGGGGAAUGCAGGUAAUUCGAAAGGGUUUACAUACUUUUUCUUGCCACUGAAAAUAGAUAAUUUUUUUUUCUUAACUGUGAAAGAAGUCAAUGGUUCCUGAAGUGGCAAGUAAACUGACAUCUGCCUAUAAGAACUGGCAGGUCAUGUUAUCCACCAGUGACGGCUUCUUAUAUCUUAUAUUAUCUUAUAUUCUUCUAAAUGUUUUGAGCUGUUUCAGGAAAAAUACCAAAUGCAGCCUUGUGGAGCAUAAAACAAUAUAGAUUCUGAAACAAUUGUUCCUUAAAACCGAUGCUUCUGAAAGGUGCACUCAGUAACUUUUGUCUUUGUGCCAUCUUGGACUUACACUGACACCUAGCAGCUUGGAUGCAGCAUCAUUUAAAAUAGUUUUCAGUUUCAGAUGCCAUUGUAGAGAUGUAAUAUUCACAGUCAGCCAUGAUUACUUUAAUCAAUAAAUGAAAGUGUCAAAUAAUAGGACGGUUACUGAGAUUAAGCGAGUAGAUUUCAGCUGGUCAUGUGAUUCUAACAUGGCAUCCCCCAUGUGCGGACCCUCUCAAUGUAGAAUAAAACAGCUUUUAUAAGGUUACUGAUAUGACUGGAGUCUUCAUUUUUAAUGUGAGUGGUAAUUAUUUCCUACAUAUAUUGCAAAAUUACAAUUAGUGUCUUUAGGAGUCAAACUUUUUUAAUGGGGAAAAAAAUAACUCAGUGCACCUUUAAAGCAAGACAAUGAUCUCAAACACAAACUGGAAUGGCUAAAAAAUAAAAAAUUUGAAUGUCUUACAUGGCCCAAACUGUAUUAUACUUAAAUGCUAUUACCUGUUAUAAAUGCUAAUUUUCUUGUGCCAGCUGUGCCUAGAUUCAGAUACCAAACUAGAAUUAUUUUGUUGCUAGGCACUUUCAGUUGUUGAUUCCUUCCCAACCCACUAUAUUAUAGUAUUUACCAGAUUUACUUUUCCAUAAGCAGGCGGGGUGAAGUACCCAUUGGUCAUCAUUAUAUAUGGGAUACACACUCAAGUGGCCUCCACCCACAGAUAUUUCUUGCAAGGGAAGCAAAGUUUUAGUAAACUCAUACAGAAAUAUGGAUAUAUGAACAUUUAUAGAAAAUUACAGUUAAUAUUUUUGGUCAGAGUACCCACAGCCUGGCUCAGUAUAUCGACCAUGCCCUACUAAUAUGUGGUUCAUCGUUCACUGAGGGGGAGGUGGCCGCUGAGCCAGAGUUCCAUGUCAUGGCCGCCGAGCCAGAGUUCCACGUCAUGGUCGCCGAGCUUGCACCACCUUCUGUCCCGGAUCCUCCGUGUGCUCCAUGCCAUGUCACAGCCAUGCCUGAGCCUGCUCCAUGCCAUGUCUCAGCCAAGCUUCAGUCUGCUCCAUGCAAUGUCUCAGGCUCACCUCUGGUCAACGAGCCAACACCAAACCUGCCACGGUCAACGAGCCAACGCCCACGUCUGCCACGGCCAACAAACCAACGUUGCAAGCCUCGUCCAUCCCACAGCCAGCGUUGCAAACCUCGUCCGUUCCAGAGCCAUCUCUCACUGGGCUAUUUGAUUUGGAAUUGGUUCCCACCCUUGUGCCCACCCUGAGUUCUCCUGAUCAGCCGGUUCCCCCCCAAGCCACCAGCUCGAUCAUCGCCCUCUGAGAUAUCCCAGACAUGGAAAACUUUCAAACCUCCAACUCCGCCUAGACCCUCCGAGCCCUGGACUCCGCCUUGGCCUGUCGAUCCCUCAAUAUCACCUCGGCUCUGCGUUCCCUCGGCUCCACUGCGGUCCUUCAGCCUCUCGGCUUUACCGGGGUCCCUCGUCCCUCAAGCUCCUCCUUGGUCUGUCAGUCACCUAGCUCCGCCUUGGCUCUCUGAUCCUCUGGCUACGCCUCGUCUCUCUGAUCAUUCAGCUCCACUGGGGACCUCCAUCCUUAUGGCUCCGCCUCAGUCUUCCGAUUCCCCCAGCUCUGCCUUGCUCCUCCGAGCCUCCGGCGCCGCCUUGGUCCUCCCUGCCUCCGGCUCCACCCUGGCCCUUCGAGUCUUCGGCUACUCUCUGGGUAUCCAGUUCUCCAUGGUUUCGCCCCUCGAGCCUCUCACGGCUCUGCCUUCCAUGGCUCCGCCCCUCGAGCCUCUUGGCUCCACCCCCCCAUGGGCUCUGCCCUGGUCUCAUGCUCCACACACUGUCUCACCAGGCCAUGCCCCACACCUUGUUUCACCAUGUUUCCAUGUCCUGCCACAUAACCACGUCAAGUCACCACACCAUGAUAAAAUUUGUAUACACUGAAGAGAUCCACUCGAGCCAGUUGUCUGUUUCUGUUUAUUUUUCAACUAUUCGUUUUUGCUGAGGUCAAAUUCACCCAGAACAGAAUUAAUGUUACUAGUUAAUGUUACUAAUCAUAGCAACAUUUCUGAAAAGUACAUGCUUACUUUGUGAUUCAGCAGAGGGAUUAGCUAUCAAUAAUAUCUCCCUAUACUGGGUUUUGAUUAGGACAGAGAAACAUAUUUGAACUGGACAGGGAAAAUUAAGAGGUUAUUUUCAAAUGUACAAUUAUAAUUUUUCCAAGUACAUGAUUAGGUACAUUUGCCUGUAUUAAAAUACUUAUUUUGACCUUACAUGCAACGUUGUGCUGUAAUAGCAUCAGUUUUACAAGACAGUUUAAACAUGUCAUGUUUACAUUCCUUGGUCAUCUCAAGGGGAUGUAAACACGUUUUCUUAUUUGCUCAAGAGACAAGAAACUUCAGGAAGGAACCAUGUGCAUUGGGUAAGUCUAUGCAGGCAGACGGUUGUUUAGCAAUUAAAAGAGUAUUCACCUCAUGUUAAAACUUACAGUACAUUUCUCAGUCACUCUUUGCAUUAUUUAAUGUUUUAUGUCUGAUAUGUUUCCAAUCCCUGGGCAACAAUUUUAUAUUUUUCCAACUUGCACAUAUAAAAAUAAAUAAUAAUAACAAUAAUCUUGUACAGGCUUAUUAAGGUUUAUUAAAGCAAUAGAUUUAUUAAAAGGAAUGGUAAUUCUGUCAUCAUUUACUCAUAUUUGACAUUCUUCUGUGGAACACAAAAGGAAGAUUUGCAGAAUAAAAAAUAAAAUAAAAUAAAAUAAAACGGCAACAUAAAUGUACUGUAAAAAUAGUCAAUAUGACUUUCGCUAUAUUAUACAUACACUAUACGUAUACAGUAUAUGUCUUUUAAAGCCAAACGUUAGCUUUGUGUGACCAAUGUAAGUUUAUUGUUAUCAAACCUGGUGCAACGUGUCAUUUGAUCAUUCUGAUCAUGUGCUGUUACUUUGUAUUGGUUGUGUUUCUUUAAAUUCAUUUUCAAUCUUGUUUGUUAAACUACUGUAUAUGAUAUGUCUAAUAAUUUAAAAGAAACCAUACAGAUUGACCAUUAGAAGAGACCUCACUGAACAAUCUAAAAUUGCUCAUGCAAUGCCACCAGUCUUAUAAUCGUUGUUCAGUUCCCCUCUAAGCAUUAGAACAGAUUCUUAGGCUUCAAGGGAUUGCAAGAUGUAACAGAGAUAGUUGUGCAGCGACUAAAUCUGGCCAGAAAAACCACAGUAAAAAAACAACACAAUCACGAGAGUGCAUCCUCAUGUAGGAUAGCCUGGAGAACAAAGGGGUCUAUUGGUCAAUUGUGUUCACAGUGUCACUGCCUGGUAGUGAAAGUUUUUGAGGAAAAUUGUCCAUUGUCAAUACUUGUCCUGCUGUGGUCAUACAGUCAGAGGUUGUGGUUUCACGAUUCAUCCCUGCUAUUUCUACAUAGAAAGGAGAUACUAAUCUGCCAUCAAUGUGGAGAGACUCAGAGAGGAGUCAGGACUUGAGAGAGGCAGACGCUCUCUCACGCACUGUACGAAAUGUGGGAUGCCAAGUGUUUAGUGCACUCUAACAGCUGUUAGAUGAUAAUGGGACAUCGUUCCAUUUGAUUGUGGAGCGGCAGACAUGUCAUAGAGCACACCUGAAAUGGAAUGUUGAGGGGCCACCGCAGUUUCGCGGGAAGGUUAUGGCCGGAUGGAUCGAGUGUCUUCUGGAGGUGUUUCCCUGCUGCAGCUUCCCAAGGUCUAUGGACCAGGAACAACAAGAACAGGCUGGCUGAGAUAAGACACCUGGAUGAGACACAUACCACAGGAUCACCACAGAUCAUAGAUAAAAAGUUUCUAUCACCAACAUGAGUUGGAGCUUUCUCACUCGUCUUCUGGAGGAAAUCCACAACCACUCCACGUUUGUGGGGAAAGUGUGGCUGACUGUGUUAAUCAUUUUCCGCAUCGUUCUGACAGCAGUGGGAGGUGAGUCGAUAUACUCAGAUGAGCAGACAAAGUUCACCUGCAACACUAAGCAGCCUGGCUGUGACAAUGUAUGCUACGAUUCCUUCGCCCCACUCUCACAUGUCCGGUUCUGGGUGUUCCAGAUCAUUAUGAUAUCCACCCCUUCUGUCAUGUACCUGGGUUAUGCCAUACAUAAGAUCGCCCGUACCUCGGAGGAGGAACGGCGCAAGAAGCAUAGACAUCAGAAGAGGAGUCACCACAGCCGUUGGAGAGAUGAACACCACCAAGGGGAGGUUUUAGAGGGUGAUGAUUAUGAUGAUGCAGAGCCAAUGCUCUAUGAAGAAGACACUCUGGAUGCACAUGAGGUUAAACCAGAGACAGACAAGGGCAAAAAGCAAGAUCUCGUGAAGCAUGAUGGUCGUCGCAAAAUCAUGCAAGAAGGGUUGAUGAGGAUGUAUGUGCUUCAGCUUUUAUCCCGUGCUAUCUUUGAGGUAGGAUUCCUCACGGGUCAGUAUCUCCUUUACGGCUUUCGUGUGAACCCCUUGUACAUCUGCAACAAGAUCCCAUGUCCACAUCGAGUAGACUGUUUUGUUUCACGACCCACAGAGAAGACCAUCUUUUUGCUCAUCAUGUAUGUCGUGAGCUGUCUUUGUCUACUGCUCAACGUUUGUGAGAUGUUCCACUUGGGAAUUGGUGCAUUUCGUGAUGCUCUUCUUAAGCGUCGAAGCCAAGGCCGACAACUUUCCUACGGCUACCCUUACUCCAGCAACAUACCUGCUUCUCCGCCAGGGUACAACCUAGUGAUCAAAGCAGACAAACCAGGUUGCAUUCCCAACAGCAUGCUAUCACAUGACCAAAACUUGGCCAGUGUUGUCCUAGAGCAACAUUGCACAAGUCCCGAUGAGAACAUUCCAUCUGACCUGGCUAGCUUGCACCACCAUUUACGGGUAGCUCAAGAACAACUGGACAUGGCUUUUCAGACAUACAGCACAAAAAAUGCUCAGACUUCCAGAGCCAGCAGCCCUGUUUCUGGUGGCACAAUGACGGAGCAGAAUCGGGUCAACACAGCCCAGGAAAAACAGGGUGCGCGACCUAAAGCCAGCACUGAGAGGGCUGGGACAAUAGUAAAAAAUGGAAAAACAUCUGUGUGGAUUUAAAUCUUAAUGGUAAACUAUUACUUGACUACUUGCACAGUAAGACCAUCAUCUUUGGAUGUUUUGGUCAGAAAACACUGUCCCUGCUGAACCAAGCUACUGUUAGUGAGGGCAUGGUAGAACACCAUGUCCCCAAUGUUCUAAUGAACCUUUAACAAAAAGCAACAAUGAAUAUACCAGUCUAGAUUUGUUUAGAGGGAUGGUAUUUAUUUCUGAAAAUAGGUUCAGUAGAACUUUCUUCAUAUUGCUUUACUUGUGCUCACCUAAACUCAGAAAAAUUCUUAAUGCGCUUCUAGAUUUAUUAUAUGAUAUAUUAUGUUUCUCUAAAUUCCAAUGCAUGCAAGUGUAUUGACCAUACUGGAAGUCUGUUAAACAAUUUUGACAUUCAUGGAUCACUGAUUUAUUUUAACUUUAUAAAAACAACCCUUAUGCAACUACUAUAUUUAAAGCAAACCAGGAGGAAACUGAGAAGCUACUGUACCUUGACACUGAAAAUAAAAUCC